CUCCCACCCCACCUGCCCAAAAAUUCUAUAAAUCCCCCUCACCCCUUCCCCAUUUGCUUCACUCAACUGCCUCACAUUAUUCUUUCUCCUCUUGUUUCUCACACUCUAAUCUUCAUGAAAAUGGCUUUUGCUGGGGUUUUCUUGGUGGGUUUUCUUGCAAUGGUCUCAGCUGUUCAUGGAGAUGGUGGUGGUUGGAUUAAUGCGCAUGCGACCUUCUAUGGUGGGAGUGAUGCUUCAGGAACAAUGGGUGGAGCUUGUGGUUAUGGAAACCUGUAUAGCCAGGGUUAUGGGACAAACACUGCAGCUUUGAGCACAGCUUUGUUCAACAAUGGGCUGAGCUGUGGGUCUUGCUACGAGAUUAAGUGUGUGAAUGAUGGGAAAUGGUGCCUGCCUGGCUCCAUUGUGGUCACUGCCACCAAUUUCUGCCCUCCAAACAAUGCUCUCCCUAACAAUGCAGGAGGCUGGUGCAACCCUCCUCUGCAUCACUUUGACCUCUCUCAGCCUGUCUUCCAACACAUUGCUCAAUACAGAGCUGGAAUUGUGCCUGUUGCAUACAAAAGAGUACCAUGCACGAGAAGGGGAGGGAUCAGGUUCACAAUCAAUGGCCACUCCUACUUCAACCUAAUCCUCAUCACCAACGUUGGCGGUGCAGGCGACGUGCAUGCCGUGGCCAUCAAAGGCUCAAGGACUGGUUGGCAGCCUAUGUCCAGGAACUGGGGCCAGAACUGGCAAAGCAACAACUAUCUCAACGGCCAAAGCCUCUCAUUUAAGGUCACAACAAGCGACGGCCGUACUGUGGUCUCCUACAAUGUUGCCCCAGCUGGCUGGUCCUUCGGGCAGACCUUCGCUGGCGCCCAAUUCCGCUAGACCCACCCCCCCUCUUUUUCUUCCUUCAUUAAAUACUAGCAUAUACCAAGUAUUAACUAGCUUGACUUUUAGUACACCUAGCUAGGGAUUAUACUAUAUUUAUGAAGAGGCCAUGUCUUGGGCUUCUUGGGUCAGAAGUGAGAAAGGGCUUAUUUUAAAAUAGCCCUUUUUUCACUUUGGGUUUUAAUUAGCUUUACUAUGGAGGGGGGUAUGUCCCAUUUAAGGGGACCCUGUCUUUGUUUUUUUUUUUUUGGUAUUUUAAGGGUCAUUUUUCCUUCUGCUUGUAAAGCAGGAGAUGGCAGAGGUGGUCUUUUACCACCCGCCAACUAGUAAUAGGUACUCUUUUUUCAUUUUUAGCCACCUUGGGUUGAUGGUGAGAAUGUAGAAGCAUUGUUUUGGCUUUGUAAGGUCAUUUUGAUCAGCUUUGGCUGAAUUAUGGUCCUUGGGCUUUUUUUAUAUAUAUAUGUAUGAGAGAGUAAUUUGUAAAGUAGCAAUUUCCAUCUAGUAUUGGAAAGUAAAACUCUUGAUUUAUAAUUCUCCAUGUUCUAUCA